AUGUCGGACGUCCCAGGUCCCUCGAAAUAUUCCGAAGUAGACAUGGAAGAAAAUGAGGAAGAAGAAAGAAACACUCCCAACAACACUCCAAGCAUGGACGUUUAUGGGGAAGAGGUCGCAAACCCAAUUCAGGAUCUAAUCGAUAAGCUCAACGAAGAGCUCGAACAGCUUCGCAAAGACGCAAGGAAAAGGAAAUGUUUUCAGAUGGCGGCGAAAAAAGCCAGGGAAAACAUCAACAGAAUAGAGCAGCAACUCAAAUCCUUACUUCACGAGCCGAGGCCCCAACCAACGGAAAACCAAGUGCAGGAGCCCACGCCACAACCACAACAUAGGGCGGCAGCGCAAGAACAAGCGACGGAAUCGCAAUCGAAGUUUUAG